GCCACUAGUCUGGGACAAAGCUCGGUUCCAUACGAUGGUAGUGUGAGACCGAGGGAAGGUGGGGAAUACAGAGUAGAGAGAGAGGUGUAUCGCAUCACCUCCCUUGAAUUUCGACGCUGGCUCGCCUCCCCAACAAGCUGGCACCCUUGGACGGCGGUAGACGGAUACCACGACCACAUUCAUCAUCAUCACCACUGUCCAACCGGGCAAGUUUGUUACAUUACAAUAUACACGGCGACCUGCACAUCGGCAGCGCCGUCCCUGUAGCAUCACGACAAGGUGACUUCCUUUCUCGGGUCUGCAUCGGCCAGUCCGCCUUGGCCAGCCUCCUCACCUCGUUCGCGGGGAUCGGGAUCGCUCAAGCCAUUGUCGGAGGCCGCGCCUGCUCUUGCAGACGCUCCUGGAUUUCUCCCAAAUCCUCUUCGGUCCACCGAAACGAUGCAGCCGGAGCACUUCUCGGGCGACUGGGAUCCGCAGUCAUCCAGAAAUUCCUUCCACGUCCCAGUCAGCCCUGCACCCACGGGGUACUUGGCCAAUCCGUACUGGCAGACGGCGGAAGACUCUCAUCGCGACUUUAAUGAGAUCCUGUCGCGAGAUGAGUCGACAUGGCAGAGCCGCGGGACAUUGGAGGAUACUGACAUCAAGAUAUAUGCGCGGCCCGGGGCUCCCGCGUCGGAACUGCCAAUGAGCAAGGGGACCACGUAUGUGCCGAAGUCCCGACCAAUCGAGCUCCUCGCUUGCAUCCACACCUUUAGCUACCGAAACCUGUUUGAUACACGGUUCGCCUCGGCCGGUAUUCUCCAGCGCUAUUCACUACAUGACCACCAUUUCUACCUCGUCAUCCGUGGCAUCGGCCCCAUCUACUCACCCCGAGACGCUACGGGCGUGCAGACGGUGCGAUUUUAUGACCACGCGGGUGCAAGACUGCCGAUGUGCUACCCUGACACACCCAAAGUCGACAUUGUCUACCGAUCAGUCAACGACCCAGAAGUGCCGCCGCAGGAGGGCAAAGUUCGAGCGUGGAUUCAUAUGGGCGGCUACAGGCUCGAGUGGGACGAAGCAAAGCAGGCAACAAAGGUCACCUACGUUGCCCACACUAAUCUCCAACAAAGCGUCCCACGCUACAUUGGCAAUGUGCUCAUGUCUGAGCUGCCGCGAGUCACGGCCCGGCUCCGUGGCGCCGUGGAGAAUUUCGGGUUUCCACCUUACAUUCUCGACAUCGAAGUCUGCGUUGUGCAACAGCUCCAGAUCCACGAUGCAAAUACACGGCGGAACGAAUUCCGGUGUCAUGUGAGGAAGCCUGGCUCCUACCUCAUCAUCAUAGACCGCGAGCGCAUGUAUCAGAACGGCAUCGUUCCGCCCAAGGCUGAAGGAGAAGGUGCGCACGCAGUCACCUUUUCAGACCUCAAUGGCCACUUGGGCGUUACUGUCGCUCCCAAAGGUGUCGGUCAGGAAUUUGUAUUUGUCAUCGAGCCCCGAGACCAAGAGGCGCCACCGGAGUCGUCGAGUGCAUGGUGGUGAUUGUUUAUACCCAUUCCCCCGCCUCUCCGUCUCUCUCUUCGUCUAUUGCGAUCGCUGGCGUGGACUGGCUCGCUCUCUCGCGCUCUCACCCAUCCCUCUGUACUCUGCCUGAUGCUCUAGUCCGAUGCCUCUUUCUGCUCUC